UCUGAAGCCUUGAAGCAGGCAUGUUACAACUUGGAAAGCAUCCCACUCACAAUUUCAAAGUGAACAAGUCCUACUAGCUGAUGGGUGGAGCUUUGACCAGCAGAUCUCAUGUCACUCCUCGCUUCAUUCUUUGAAUUUUACCAAUUCAUUCAGCCAGCACCUGAAACUAGAGCACUGCCACUCUAUUGAACCGCUUCAACCACAAUGGAGGUUACUCGCAACAACGCGGUGUAUGGAUGGGGGCCGGCCCAACCCAACCCAGUCCAAGCAGCAAACCCCUUCAUAGAGAUCAUCGAGCAGCCGAAACAGAGGGGGAUGAGGUUUAGAUAUAAAUGUGAGGGGCGUUCAGCCGGCAGCAUACCUGGAGAAAAAAGCAACGACACCACCAAGACUCACCCAGCCAUUAAGGUGCACAACUACAACGGCCCCUUGCGAAUUCGCAUCUCCUUGGUGACGAAGAACGCACCGCACAAGCCUCAUCCCCACGAACUGGUCGGGAAAGACUGCAAACAUGGCUACUACGAGGCCGACCUGCAGGAGAGACGAAUACACAGUUUUCAGAAUCUGGGCAUACAGUGUGUAAAGAAGAAGGAUGUGAAUGAAGCCAUCACUUGCAGGCUGCAGACCAAUAAUAACCCCUUCAACAUUCCUGAGGCUAAGGUGUGGGAGGAGGAGUUUGACCUGAAUUCAGUGAGACUUUGCUUCCAGGCCUCCAUCACUCUGUCAACAGGGGAGUUUAUCCCACUGGAGCCCAGAGUAUCACAGCCCAUCUUUGAUAACAGAGCCCCAAACACAGCUGAGCUGAAGAUCUGCCGAGUCAACCGCAACUCUGGAAGCUGCAAAGGAGGGGAUGAAAUCUUUCUGCUGUGUGACAAAGUGCAAAAAGAGGACAUCGAGGUGCGUUUCUUCCAGGACACUUGGGAGGGAAAGGGUACUUUCUCCCAGGCCGAUGUCCACAGGCAGGUGGCCAUUGUGUUCCGCACACCGCCGUACCGUGACACUAACCUCACCGAGCCCGUUAGAGUCAAGAUGCAGCUCCGCAGACCAUCUGACCGCGAAGUCAGCGAGCCAAUGGACUUCCAAUACCUGCCCGCUGACCCAGAUGAAUACAGGCUGAGUGAGAAGCGAAAACGUACAGGGGACAUGUUCCAGAGCCUGAAGCUGGGGCCCGUUCUGUCGAGUGUGUCCAUUCCGACAGAUAGAAGACACAUUAGCCCGGCGAGGAGACAAGUGACAGCCAAGCCUCAAACAAUGAAUACACAAACUGCAGCAGUGGUGCCCCCUAGUGCCACAGGAGCGAAACCACAGCCCAUGUUCUCUUACAUGCAGCAAGGCCAGCUCUUCUCAGCCCAGCCUAAGGUAGAGGCCUCCUCCUCAAGCUCCACUACAACUCAAAGCCAAACAUGGAAGAUCAUGGAGAGCCUGAACCUGGGCCCUCAGCCCAAAGCCACUGCAGUGCCCAGCUUCACAAUGAGCCAGGCACCAGCCUUUUCCUCCACCACCACCUCCACAGCCAACCAGGACUACACAACCGUCAACCUGUCAGACCUGCAUGAGUUCUUUCCCAACUUUGCUGGAGUCAUGUCCCAGGAUUCAGGAGCUUCACAGGGAAGCAUGGCCCCCUCCCAGACCAGCAGCCCCUUGACCCUCCAGGGCUCUCAGUUCCGGGAUGAAGCACCACUGCCAGUGGAUGAUAUCCCAGAGUUCCCCAGCUUUCCAGGCCAGGCUCCAGGCACCCUGGACAGCCUAGACAUGGAAGACUUUGUGGACCUUCUGAACCCCCGCCUCAUGGGUGACAGUGGAAACAGCACCUCCAUGCUUGCCCAAGCUUCAUGCCAACAAGCUUCCGCUCCCAGCUCCUCUACUGCUGCCCAGAACACUUCUGACCCUGCCAGCACCCCAGGAAGCACCUGGAUGAAUUACCCCCACAGCAUCGUCAACUUGCUCCAGAACGAGGGCAUGAUGGACCUCAUACCCAACAACAACCACCGGCCCGCUGUGCUGGAUGAAUUUGAUGAAUUGAUGUCAGCUGACGAGGAUCGUCUUAUUUCCAUUUUGAAUAGCCAAACCGGUUUUGUGUCAGGACACCCAACUUAAAGGUUGUCCACAUGAUUUUUAUUUUUUUAAACAGACAUAUUAACAAGCCCCGUUCAACAGACAUCUUGCAUCUUCCCCUUUAGUCUUCUGAACUAAAACUGCUUUGCUAUUAAAGACAUAAAAUGGAUACAAGGUGGACAUGAAGGGCUUGAGGAGACAGAAUGUAGCACAGGUGCUCACUGAGGACUCGCUUAUUGAAAUACCAGCAAAGAUGAUUUCCUAUUGAGGUUCUUGAACAUGUUAAGCAUGAUUUUGUACUGUCAUUGUACCAAUUGGGCAAGUCUAGUAUGUAAUUGUGAUGUUCAUCGUCUAGAGUGAAAUGUUUCACUUUGUCUGCCUGUUUAGAAUAAACAAAGGGGCUGGUUUUCUCAAUAAGAACAUUAGUCAGAUAUAGAGGUAAGCGUGCAAAUCAUGUAUUUUCAGUAAUAUCUCCAAUGUAUUACUUUUGAUUUUUAAAUGUUUCACAGGAUUUCUGAAGGUCAGCAGUAACACCACUUUCUUCAUACAGGUGCCUUUGUUGAGUCUCAACAAAAUGUAGUGUUCAGAACCACAUGAAGGUCUAUGUGUAAAUAAUUAUCAAACAA